CCGACAAAACAGCUGCUGACUGGAGACACGAUAAGACGUUCGAGCUGCUUGCAACAAUAACGGCAACAUCCAACGGUGGAUUACUCUUGGACACAUGUGAUGAACCACUGUAUGCACACCUUUGUUGCAUAAACUGUGUAAAAACGUAAGUGCAGUUUUUUGGCUUCUAGAGGUGUAAAUGCUUUGAGGUAUUACAGGUGUUCAGGUGCACAGUGCAGAUUAUAGGGAUACUGGACAGUAUGGCAGUUGUUGACCCAUGCCUCCAGAAGGAAUGGGGUGAAUGGAAGAGGGGGGUGGAGAAGAAAAGGAGGACCAGCUGGAUUGACAGAAUGAGGCGCUGGGUUAAAGUGAAGGUACACGAUGAGGAGGAAGAUGGUUUGGAGGAGGAAGGAGAGGAAAGCAGUGAGGAGGAAGAAGAAGUAGAUGGAGAAAAUGGAGAGGAAAAAGGCAACGAGACUGAGGUUAAGGAAGCUUUGGGAAUUGAAGUAGAGGAGGACGAAGGAGAAAGCAAUUUAGAGGAGCUUGUAGACAACAUAAAGGAGGAAGAUAGAGAGAUGACUGAAGAAUGCAGAAUGGUAGAGUUAGAGGAAGGGGAUGGAAAUGAGGCAGGAGAAAACGAAGAAUACGAGGAAGAAGAAAUGAGGGUGAAUGAAGAAAAUGAAAUUGAACAAGAGGAGAAAGAAGGUUUAGUAAAAGGGCUUAAAGAGAACAAAGUGGGAUCUGAGGAGGAAGAAGGGGAGGUGAAUGAAGCAGAUGAAAUGGGAGAUGGGGAGGAGGAAGAGGAGGUGGAUGAGAGUGACGAUAAAAGGUUAAAGACAGCAGAAGGAAAGGAUGAGGUGGACACUGAGGUCAAGGAGAAGGAGGAGAUGGACGGGGAGGAAGAGAAUGGAGUGAAGGAAGCACAGGAGGAGGAAGAAGGUGAUAACGAGGCUAAGAGAAGGGAUAAUAAGAGGGAGAAGGAUGGUGAGGAGGAAGCAAAGCAGGUGAGGGAAGAAGAAAAUGAGGAAGACGAGGUUCAAGAAGAAGAACAAAAUGAAAGACAUCACCUGGGGGAAAAAUUCAGACAGCAGAUGGGUGGAUUUCAAGUUGAGAACAUUCAGCAAAACCAAGAACGUGCAGAACAAGAAGAUGAAGAUGAGUCAGGUUCAGCAGAAUCAGAAAACGAUAAAGACUCAGAGGCAAGAGGAUAUGAGAAUAAACAUUAUAACCUGGAACAUGAAGACACGCACAAACAGGAAGAUAGGGAGGAAAAGUUGCAGGCGAAUGGAAAUGGCAUCCUCGGAGCUUGGAUUUCUCCAGGAAGGAGUGGAGAAGAAGAUAAAAGUGGGAGCUGGACCGCUGAAGAAGACACAGUCACUGAAUCUUGGGCAACUCAAGAGGAGUUUGAAGAAGAUGACGAAGAUCCUGAAGAGUCGCCACAUGAUGAGGAAGCGCAACAUUUGGUGGAUGAAGACGAGGAUGUGGAAGACAAGGUAAAGAUUUACCGCAAAGACGAUUACCCCUCAGAUGUAUUCCUUGCCUUGAAUGAGUUCAGGGAUUCCUCCAUUCUCACUGACCUCACCCUGAACACAGAGGAUGGGAAGAGUUACCCCGUCCACUCCCCCGUCCUGGCUGCUGUCAGCUCACUUAUCUGGAAAAAUCUGAGUAGGAUCAGAGAAAAUAUUGAUGAAAUAAGAGAUGGAGUCCACGCCUGGUCUGUGUCUUUGGGCCCAGAGGUGGAUCAUGUGGGAUUAGAGGCAGUUGUGGAGUUUGCCUACACUGGUCUAAUCUCCUGUUUGAGCGAGGACAAUGUGGAUCAGGUAAAAACCGCAGCUCAAACAAUGGGUGCGUUGAGGGUGCUGGAUCUCUGCAGCGAGCAAGAGGGGAAGCCCACAAAAACUGGAGUGCAGACAAAAAAGGAAGGGAUCUCUGCUGCACAACAAAUGAUGAUCAGUCUUCAGGCCAUCAAACGUCUGUGGACAGAUAGAGUGGGCUGUGAUGUGAUUCUGGAAGCUGGUGGGGCAUCGCUUCAUGCCCACAGAGUCAUCCUGGCUGUAAGCAGUGACUACUUCCGUGGCAUGUUCACUUUGGGGAUGAAGGAGGCUCAUCAGCCUCGUGUGACUCUUCCCUUCCUCUUGGCAUCAGAGCUGGAAGCUCUGAUCUCCUGCUCCUACACUGGUGCUCUCCCUCUCUCCUGGAGCUGCGUCUUCGAGCUCACAACCACUGCUCUCCAGCUCCAGUACUGGCCUGCCCUCUCUUUAUGCCUUAACUUCCUCCAAAAAGAAAUUAACGCUCACUCCUGCCUAGAUGUGAUAUCUUUUGCUGAGGCCUAUGAGAUGCCGCAGCUCCUUGAAUUUGGUGAUGAUUUUGUCUUGAGGCAAUUCCAAAAGGUAGCGUGCACCUCAAAGUUUCAAGACCUGCCAGCCAAACAGCUCCUGAAGUACCUCAACAGUUCCUCACUCUGUGUUCCAUCCGAGCUUGUCGUGUUCAAAGCAGUAGUUGCCUGGAUCCAAGCAAAGCCAAGGAUAAGGCUUCGACUUGCUAAGGAGCUAAUGAAAACCAUCCAUUUCCCCUUGAUGACAUUCAAGGAAUUCAAAGAAGUCCAAGCCCAGAACAUGUGGUCCGACCACAGCUUGGCAGAGCUGUAUGAAGCUGUCUUUGAAGAUUUCUGCUGCAGUGAGGCUACGCUGCAGACUCAGUGCCGCAUCUAUCUGCCCAAAGAGAGUCUGGUCUUGAUUGGCGGCGACCAGAUCUCUGAAGACCUGGGUAGCCGUAGCAUCAGCAGAGAGCUCUGGUUUGGGAAUUCUUUGAGGAACCAUAUUGGGAUAAGGAAAGCCAUGGAGUGGAGAAAGUUGGGAGAGAUGCCAGAGCCAGGGAGGUUUUCUCAUGAGGUGGCAGUGCUCAGAGGACAGCUGUAUGUAUUUGGUGGCAAGAAGUAUUAUGGCAUUGGAGACACUCUGAAUUCUGUUUACAGGUAUGACCCCCUUCAGAACAGCUGGGAGUACCUGGCUGAAAUGCAAGAAAAGAGGUGUUCUUUCUCAGUGGUCGUUCUGGAUGAAAAGAUAUACGCCAUCGGUGGAUAUUGUGACCCUGACUAUAUAGACAGCGUAGAGCGAUACUGCCCUAUUACAAACUCUUGGAGUUUCACCAGACCAUUGGAUCUGCCUCUGAGCGGACAUGUAGCAAAGGUUUCACAAAGUCAGAUCUUCGUGUCUGGGGGGCAAAACGACGACUACCUGUGCAUUGCAUCCAUGUUUCUGUACCACCCAGAGACCGGAAGCAGUUACAUGGCAAACAUGUCUAGACCUCGAUCUCAUCACUGCAUGGAGACCCUGGAUGAGUGUCUUUAUGUGGCAGGUGGAAUUACCACAGACGAUGACUUAGCUGUCAAGGACUACCUGGCUUGUGAAGUGUACAGCCCUGCGACUGACUCCUGGACCGCCUUCAUGUCUCUGCCAGUGCCGCAUGUGGGAGCAGGGAGUGCCGUUUUGGAAGGAAAGUUUUACAUUCUGGGCGGAUACAACCAGGAGGACUACAGUGACACUAAGAUGGUUCAUCGCUACAAUACCGCCACACAGACAUGGGAGAACAUGGGGAAGAUGCCUGGGCCAAACAAUGACAUACGAGCAUCUGUGCUACAUUUCCGAUUGUAGGAUGAGAUGAUGAAUGUCAACUUUUGCAUAUAAGGGUUAAUGAUGCUGAACAUUGCAUGUUAAACAGUGGUGUUUUGGAAAUUCACAUUACUCCAUUGUAACCUCAUGAGAACAUCAUACCUUAAUGAAAAUAAAGUGUCUUACACUGUAUAUGAAUAAAGUUUAGGCAAGUUUAGGCAUGGCAGUUUAGGUAUUUAUUAACAUAGUGUAUUUUUUGGUUCCGGAAUAUUGAUUUUUAUUAGAAAACAAUACUACCAUUAGUGCGAUAACAGCUAUGAUCAUUAGAGGGAGCUGUUCCCCUGUGUUCACACGUACAGGUCUGGUUGGAAGCUUGUGAACACAUUUGUUAUUGUACAAGGUACAGCAGAUUUUUUAUUAUUGUUUUAUUAUUCUGAAGAUUUAUUUUUUCAUUAACAUAUACUCGAAAUGCUACAGAAAGGUGGGACUUUGUUACACUAUUAUUAUUAUGAUCUCAAGUACAUUCAAAAGGUGCUGUAAUAUAGUUGAGAAUUAAGAGU